CUGGCCGGGUGUGCGUUAGAAAACGAAAGUUUAUAUCACAGUAUUACAGUAUGUGCUGAUAACACGUGGUGAUCACGUAUACACGGAUGUAUGUAUAGAUGUCUAUAUAAGAAGUAUAAAAAUUAUGUGUACUUAGUACUCCAAGUAAUGUAAUUGAAGAAUCACAAUUAGAUCGUAGGCAGUUCUUUUGUGCUGCAACAAAUAAAUUUACCGGAAGGUGAAGGCUCUUGGAUUCUUAUCUGAGAAUAGUUAUCGAUCAUGGGGGUAAUUAGAACAUUAGGGACGAUCGAUUAUCUGGUCAUUUCGCUGAUGAUUGUCAUUAGUGUUGGCAUUGGAAUUUACUAUCGUUUGACUGGAGGCAGACAGAAAACAGCUGAGGAAUAUUUUUCGGCGAACCGAUCAAUGGGUCCGCUGUCAGUUGGUAUUGCUUUGAUGGUGUCAUUUAUGUCUGCGAUUACACUUUUAGGAUUAUCCGCUGAAAAUUAUGUCUAUGGAUCACAAUUUGUUGUUAUAAAUAUAUCUUACUUAAUUGGCACACCAAUAGUGUGCUAUGGAUUUUUGCCAGUAUUUUAUAAACUGCAAGCAACGAGUACUUAUGAGUAUUUAGAAAGGCGUUUCGGAGUACCAACGAGAUUGUUAGCGAGCUUCGUCGUGUGGCUCCAAAUGUUAUUGUACUCGGGCGUGGUGCUUUACGCUCCGGCUUUGGCCUUUGAGACGACAACUGACCUAUCAAGAAUGAAAAGUAUCCUAUCAGUCGGCUUAGCCUGCGCUUUUUAUUCUAGUAUCGGCGGAAUAAAAGCCGUAUUGAUAACAGAUAUUUUCCAAGCAGUUUUGAUGUUUGCUUCAUUGAUUGCUGUAAUUGCCGUAGCCGCUUAUUCGGCCGGUGGCCUCGACGAAGUAUGGAACAUUGCAAGUCAAGGCGGCCGUAUAGAUUUUAAUCACUUUUCUAUUGAUCCUACCGAACGCCACACAUGGUGGAGUCUCAUAAUUGGAGGACUUUGUACAUAUUUGUCACUCUAUGGAGUGAAUCAAAUUCAAGUUCAACGGAUGUUAACUGUCAAGAGUCUGAGGUCAGCACAAAAUGCGCUGUGGUUCUGUUGGCCCGUUCUAACAGCACUGUCUAUCACAACAUGUUUCUCAGGACUUGCAAUGUACAGUAAAUAUUAUAACUGUGAUCCAAAGACAGCCGGAGCAAUAAAACAAUCAGAUAUGCUGAUGCCAUUCUUCGUUAUGGAGACAAUGUCUUCAAUACCCGGUUUAUCAGGUUUAUUUAUCGCCGGUGUCUUUAGUGCGGGAUUAAGUACCAUAUCAGCGGCUCUAAACGCUCUUGCGGCUGUUAGUCUAGAAGAUUAUAUAAAACCCCUGUACACAAAAUUUACAAAAAAACAAUUUCCACCAACAUCAUCAUUGAUAUUAGGAAAAAUAAUAGCAUUUACACUCGGUAUUUUAUGUAUAGCUCUUGCUGUACUUGCUCAGUACCUAGGAGGUGUCCUUCAAAUAAGCUUGACAAUAUUUGGAGCCGUUGGUGGGCCACUAGUAGGUUUAUUUACCCUGGGAAUGUUGUUUGAAUCGUCAACUCAACGUGGUGCUAUGCUGGGUACGACAGUAUCACUUGUAUUUUUAUUAUGGAUCUCAUUCGGUGGUCCGCGACCAGCUCCACCGGCGUUACCAGUAUCCAUUGAGGGCUGCAGUAAUGGAACGUUACUUUUACUCAACCAGACGCUAGAAUCGAAUCAUCAAACGCUACAUGAUUACUUGCAUCCCCAUGUCCGUAGUAACUCGGAAUUUUUUUACCUCUACCGACUUUCUUACAUGUGGAAUGCUCCCAUUGGUCUUGUGAUGACAGUCGUCGUUGGCAUGAUUACCAGCAAACUGUCUCAGUGGUUCGGAUUCGAGAGCCAGCGAGCCAUUGAUCCAGAUCUUUUCUUCCCGUUUGUCGCUAAUCGUAUUCGUAAGAGGCUUGAGACUGAUCCAAGUAUUACUGCACAUAAAUAUCAAUUUGAGCGUAAAGACGAUCUUGAUGCCACUACGUGCUUGUGAUAUAAAUUUCGAUAACUAUUUCAAAUUUAAUUCAUAUCUCGCGACCUCAAUGGCAACUUUGAACACAAAUAUGAGUAAUUGAGUCCGCUGGAAUACUUAUAAUACCUAAGGUAUUAUUAUUAGUACAAUUUUUAUGAUAAUGCGGUACUUAGAUCGAAUUGCUAUAGGAAAUUUUAGUAUUAAUAUAAUAAAAAAAUAUAUAUUUUUUGAUAAUUUAAUAAAAUAAUUAAUUGACAAUAAAACAAAUUAUACUUAAAUAUAUUACCAAAGUUCAGUAACCAAAUAGUUGUGAUUAUAAAACUUUAC